AUGGAUCAGAUGGGGAGGGAACAGGACAAGGAGUCAGACAAGCUGGCUCUACUCAGUGAGGUGGACAGACACAGCAGGCAGAUGCUCAGUAACCAGACCUUAUGGAAGAAAGCCAACCUGGCCAGUCAACUGUCGCUAGACAACCUGGAGAAGGAAUCUCUUCUCUAUGGAGGAGAUAGAAUCAGAAAGGUGACCAAAGAGGGCCUGGCCCAGACGUCCAGUGACAUCACAGAGAGCCUGAUGAGCAUCGAUCAGAUGAUGUCACAGCAGGUGACGCAGRGUGAGGAAUCCAUAACCAUGCUGGCAACCUCGUCUCAGGCGGUCCUGGAGAUGGAUGAUGAGUUUAAGGCCAUGGCCGGAACCAUCCAGCUGGGGAGAGAGCUCAUCACUAAGUACAACCGCAGGGAGCUCACUGACAAACUGCUCAUCUUCCUCGCUCUCGCACUCUUCCUCGCCACGGUCUUCUACAUCCCGCAAGAGGAGAUUAUUUUUCCUCCAGACCAGACACAACUAACUUAAACUAAGUAACUUUUAGAGCAACUUUGAUAAGAGUAACUAUGAUCAUAUAAGCUAAUUUAUGACAUAAGUGAGUCGUGUGAGAUAAGUAUUGUAAGAUUAACAUACUGCUUAUUAAUGUAAAUCCAUAUCAACAUUUUAAAGACGUGUGCACACACACAGUAGUAAUGGCUUUGGGGAUAAGCCUAUUUUAAACAGUAUUUGUUCGUCAUGGAAGGAAUAUCAGCUGUUUGCAAUACUUAGAGGGAAGUUUGAUGGUUAAUGUAACCAAUUGUUAUGAUUAUCAUGUUAAUGUAUUAUUCCAUCGCAGGAAGUUAAAGCUGUUGCCCAGUUAUUUAUAUCCUGCUCUGAAAGAGAAAUACAUUUGUUUUAGUAGUUGCCUUAUUUAAUGCAGAUUACAUUUUCGCCGGACCAUUAUUUAAAGUAUAGGGAUUCAUGUCAAUGUGUAACACAUUCUCUGUAAUGUAAUCAGAUUUUGAACAAACCGUUGACAUUAYUAAAAGUGUAAAAAUAAAAAAUAAAAAAUCUCCAAGCAGCAGCCUGGACAUGUAGGAUGUACAUAUCACCCACACAAGUUUCAGUGACUCUGGUCUAACAUGUGGUCGUCAGUAUUUCCUUACGGAGCUAGCUGGCUUGGCUUGGCUCAGCAGUGGUGAGGCCUGCUCUCAGUAGCUGGCAGCAGGGUGAACAGUGCUGGGUACAGUGCUGACCAACCAGGGCAGAAAAGCUAGCAGCAGGGGGAACUGAGCAGCCCUGGCACCAGGGCAGAAACAAAUCUGAAAAGCUGUGGCACUAAUCACAUAGUCACCGAUAAGGAACCAUGCAUCUCUGCCUUUCUUCAGAUAAGACCCAGAAAAGCAGAUUAUUCUGACCCGUUUCCCUCUCCUGCUCCCUUUCUUUCCACCGGGGGUGGAAGGUGGGGGGGUAUUUUUAGGUUUGCGUGGACCUGUUAUCUGACGUUGCCUUUUCAACACUUUGGAAGGGAUGUGUAUAGAGGGGGGGCUGGUAGCUGCAUGACCUCUCUACCCUCUUUAUGGUGACGGUCUCACAUGUCAUUUGGGAAAUAUAAAUCUGUUUUCAUGUUGACGUUU